AUGGCUUCUCAACCCUUUACCCUCAAAUGGGGUAUCAUGGCCACUGGUGGCAUCGCCCAAACUUUCACCAAGGAUCUCCUCACAAACCCUGCAACUCGUGGUGUCAGUGAUGUCGCUCACAAGUUGAUCGCUGUCGCCUCCUCCUCCUCCAAAGAGAGCGCCACAUCGUUCUUGGAGAAGGUCAACGCCCCAGAUGGCGUGAAAGCGUAUGGUAGUUAUACCGAGCUAGUAAACAACCCAGACAUCGAUAUUGUCUAUGUUGCAACGCCUCAUAGUCACCAUUUUCAGAACACAAUGCUAGCAUUGGAAGCUGGCAAGAACGUUCUAUGUGAGAAAGCCUUCACUGUGACUGCUGCCCAGGCCCGGAAACUCGUUGACACGGCUCGUGCCAAGAACUUGUUCCUAAUGGAAGCCGUCUGGACGCGAUACUUCCCUCUCAGCAUUAAGGUUCGCGAGCUGGUGCAAUCUGGAAUCAUUGGCCCCGUAUAUCGAGUGAUUGCCGAUAAUUCCUUUGGAAAUGAUGGCCCGAACGGCACUUUGACCUUUCCCAACGAGGACCGGAUGGUGAAUCCGGACUUGGCAGGCGGUGCAUUGCUGGACUUGGGCAUCUAUUCCCUAACCUGGCUCUUCCAGAUCCUCUAUCACCUUCAACCCGAAGCAGAAAAAGAGAAGCCGCGAACGGUAGCUGCUAUAAACAAAUAUUCAACGGGGGCCGAUGAGAUGACCAACAUUAUUCUUCAGUUCCCGAAGCACAAGUCCAUGGGAAUUGCUAUGACCUGCUUGCGAAUCCCCACCAACACUGAUGGCCAGAACAGCGGUGGACCCGCUAUUAAGAUUCAAGGACCCCUGGGCGAAAUUCAAGUAAUGGGUCCCGCUUUCAAGCCUCUGCAGUACAGAGUCGUCAAGAAAGACGGAGGAGGGAAAGUUGAGGUCGUGGACUGCCCUAUGCCAAUAGACCCAGAACGAAAUUGGGGUCACGGCAUGUUCUGGGAGGCGGACGAAUGCGCUAGGUGUAUUCGGGACGGCAAGAUAGAGAGCGCCACCCUACCCUUGUCCGAGAGCAUCGUCAUAAUGGAAGUUAUGGAGGAAGCUCUUAAGCAGGGAGAUGUCAAGUACCCGGAUCUUAUCACUACCAAUGUGUAUGACCCGAGCAGCCCACUCAACACCGGAGGCAACCGGUAG